GAAAUGGCGUCCUUCAAGAAAAUAAAUACUAAGGUAUUUGUAAGAUCGGGGUCUGAAUUAACUCCAGAUAAUAUAUAUUGGAAAAAAUAUAGUGCGCCUGUCCUAGUUAAGGAAUUUGGACCAAUUGAUUAUAUUGAUUUUUCACCAGUAGAACCACAUUAUUUCGCUGUCACUUGUUCUGUGAGAGUACAAGUGUAUAAUCCAAUUACAAAGUUAGUUACAAAAAAUUUUAGCAGAUUUAAAGAAGCUGCUUAUGGUGGAUCCUUUCGUAGUGAUGGCAAAUUACUUUGUGCUGGUGGUGAAGAAGCAGUAGUUCGGCUCUUUGAUAUCAACACAAAAAGCCUUCUUCGAAUUUUCUCUGGACAUAAAUCUGCUAUACAUAGAACAUUUUUCACUGCAGAUAAUCUUCAUAUUGCUUCAUUUUCUGAUGACAAAACUGUGAUAGUUUGGGAUAUAGCUAGUGAAAAACAAGUAAUAUCUUUUAAUGAACAUUUAGAUUAUAUCAGAGCAGGUGUAGUAAGUCCCAUUUCUAAAGACAUAUUAUUAUCUGGUAGCUAUGAUAAACUUAUACACAUGUAUGAUACACGAACAAGCAAAAAAAUUCUCAGUGUGUGCCAUGAAGCUCCUGUCGAAAGCUUAUUGUUCUUACCCUCUGGCGGAAUAUUUCUAUCUGCAGGUGGAACAGAAAUUAAAGUUUGGGAUGCACUUGCUGGUGGCAGAUUACUUGCAAAAAUCACUCAACAUCACAAAACAGUAACAUGUUUAAAAAUAGCUUCAAAUGGGCACAGAAUUUUAUCUGGUUCAUUAGAUAGACAUGUAAAAAUUUAUGACUCUGGAACAUAUAAAACUGUCCAUUCCUUAGAUUAUCCAAAUUCAGUUCUUAGCAUAGGAAUUAAUUCAAAUGAUGAAACCAUAGUAGCUGGUAUGGUUGAUGGUUUAAUUUCUGUGAGAAGAAGAGAAGAAGAAGUAAAAACUGAGAAACCACAACGUAAAAAAGUAUCAUACAGAAAUUCUGGAAAAAAUUUACAUACACCUCAAACAGAUAUUGUUGUACAUGAAGAAAUGAAAGAAAUUAUGUCCAAACAUGAUACUUAUUUAAGAAAGUUUGAAUAUUCGAAAGCUUUGGAUUGUGUUAUGAUGAGUUAUGUAGUAAAUAAAGCACCACAUGUUACAGUUGCACUUAUGCAGGAGCUUAUUAGAAGACAAGGUUUAAAACAAGCUCUUAGUGGCAGAGAUGGCAAAUCUCUUGUGAAUAUUCUUAAGUUCUUGAAUAAAUACAUAGGAAGUAUUAGAUUUGGAAGAGUACUACUUCAUGUAGCUAAUGUAUUUAUGGAUGUCUAUGAAAAUCAUUUAGACGAACUUGCGGCAGAACCUCGAAAAAUGUGCAGUAUCUUAGCAGCAAAGUUAGAAGAAGAAGAAAAUUUAAUAUUAUCAUUAUCAGAAUUGCAAGGAAAAUUAGAUAUGAUAUUAUCUGCUGCAGAAACUGUAUCUCCUGCUCCAGUAAAAGAUGUUCAAAGUUUAGAACCAUCAAGUGCAGCUCAAAAAAAUUUAAUUUUAAGUAUUACCUGA